AUGGGCCGCGGCAAGGAGAAGCCGCUGAAGCCGAAGAUCGCCGUGUCCUCUGCGUCUCGCGUUGGCGGCCCCCAGGGCACAUGGGUGGGCGUCGCCGCGCUUGGGGUGUGCGCCGCAGUCUUGGCCUCGCGACUCGGCGGGUCGCCAACAGCAUCGUCGUCAAACGGCAGCGAGGUGGCAGCGGACAGCCGCAGCACCGCCGAGUGCGCCGACACCGAGCCUGUGAUGUGCGAGCCGUGGCAUAAGGCGGGCCUGUGCAGGAGCCCGCCGUACGGCUCACAGUGCACGCGGACCUGUGGCCGAUGCCCGGGCGACCCGGGCCGGCGACCGAACGCACCUCGCAACGCGAGGUGUCGACGGGACAACCAGACAGCGGCGGUGCCGGAAGGCCACCUCGACGAGCUCUUCCAGCACAGCAUCGACGCCUUCCCCGAGUAUUCGCCGCUCGUCCUCUCUCGCUCGCCAUGGGUCGUCCAGUACCACGACUUUCUGAGCGAGGUCGAGGCGCAGGCGUUCCGAGACGUGUGCAAGGAGUCGUUCGAGCGCUCGCUCGCCGGCGACCAGCUCAACCCCGUGCGGACCUCCUACCAGUGCUGGUGCAACUUUCCAAAAUGCUUUGCGAAUGAGCACAUCCACCGCGUCGUGCGCCGGAUCAACGACCUCACAGGCGCCUGCUCGAGGGCGCCCCUGGCCCGGCCCGGCACCGAGGCGGGAGGGCGCAUGACUGUAGGCCCGCGCGUCCUCACCUUCUUCAUGUACCUCAAUGAGGUGGACUCUGGCGGAGAAACCGCCUUCCCCGCCGUCGGCGGCGGCAUCAAGGUCACCCCGACCAAGGGAAACCAGCGGACGGUGCACGAGGCCAUGCCGGUGCACGAGGGCAUCAAGUUCGGAGCAAACAUGUGGAUCCACCAGUUCAGCUUCAAGACCCCCUCCGAGCGGGGGUGCGAGCUCACAUACGUCAACACCGUCGGCAACCAGCCGCAGUCCGAGGAGCAGAGGAGACUGGUGGAGGGCCUGGUCCCAACGGCGAGCGAAACGAUCGACGGGGCGAAACGGCCGCUGCACACGGGGUAGCAUAUGUGCGGUGUGAGCGUUUGCAGCACCUCUCUAUGCGACGUGUAAGUUGUCUGUUCUGGACGUGGAGAGAGGGUGAGAGUCCCUCGCUCUCCCGUCUCGCCCCUCUGCCCUCUGUAUCUCCAUGUGUGUCUCUCGCUCAUCCUCUGGUGGUAGUCUUCUCUAUUGCGCGCGUGCCUCAUUUUUU